CAAGCCGUCCCAUCAACCCACACCCCGCACAAGACCCGCUGCAUCUCUCCGUCAUCAGGGAACAAUAGCGGCUGCUUCUGCGACUUGGGUUAUCUAUUUACAUAAGCGCUCAGGUCUCUCCAUCGCUGUCCCUCGCUGGGUAUUCAUCUCGGCCGUCGGCACGCGCAUCUGUCCUACUGCGCGACCAACUCGCAACGCGCACAUCACCACGCAUUGAGCGCCACCACGGCGCGUCUCCACCGCCAUCAUGGCAGGUACGAUACGGCCGAAUGAGAUGAAUGUCGCGACGACACCGACUCUCUCCUCGGGCACAUUGCCCAACCUCAUGACCCUUCAAACGGACCUCAGCAAGAAGCCCAGUGUGCCACGAAGCCCGCGCGUAGAUGUCGAGCCCCUAUAUGCGGCUGUCAAGGGCGCUAUCAGCGACGCCGACUGGACAGUCUACAAGAAAACGCUCUCCUACUUUCUCCUCGGCAAUCUCAACCAGGAAGAACUCUCCCAGAAGCUAUCCAAGAUCUUGACCACGCCCGCCCUUGAACACGCGCACAAUGCCCUCUUCACAGCCAUCUAUGCGAAUAUAUGGCGCGAUCCACCAGAAGCUGGUAUCGCAAGCUGGGUCAGCAGCAGCGAUAAGCCGACGAGCGGGACGGUCAAGGGGACAGGGGAUGAGAGCGAGAAGCGGCUAAAACAUGAAGUUAUGCAACUAAGUCGCAGGGAGAGGAAGCGAUUAAAGGGCAUACCAGCGGGUGAGAGCCCGUUGAGUACAGGCUUGGAGGGGGGGCUGAGUGUGGGCAUGACAGGACCAGUACAGGAGUAUGUCGAUGCCAGACGAGCGAAGCAGCUAGACAUUGGACCCAGCAGCAACCAAGGUGGUGGAUUCGCAAAGACGAACUGGGAACUCGAAAUCCGCAAGCGCUACACGUCCGCCCUGUACGUCGAAACCCACGAGUUCCCUACCGCCAUGACAAUAUCCUACCGCCUCCUACCCAUAUGCUACGAAUACGGCCUCCCCCAAGGCCACACGCCCGAUUGCCCCGACUACCUCAACAUCGCAACCGAAACAUACAUCAAAGAAGCCCUCGCAAACCUCCUAGGCAAAGUCUGCAGCAACGGCCUCGGCUACGUCCGCACGAGCGACUUCAAAAAGAAACAAGCACGAGAAGAACGGCUCGCAGAAAAGGGUGAGCUUAUGCGCGGUCCUGCGGGCGAACUCCCCAUCGAAGCCGAAGAACGACGUAAAAGAAAACCACUUUGCACAGAAGACUUGCGGCUCGCCCUUGAACUCGGCGAUGGGUACCUCGGCCAAACUCCGUUCAUCGCCGGGUCUAUCUUGCACUCCCGGUUCCUGGAUACGGAGGGCAUCGAAGACCUUUACGAUACGUCUGCUUCUUCUAAGCCGCUGACGAACGGGCACACCAAUGGCGAUACUAAACUCGCCUUUGCGCCCGAAACAUGGACUGUGGAUUUUGGAGAUGCGAUGAUGGUGGAUGAAGAGGUGGGGUUGCAUUGGCAAGGCGGGAGUGUGCAGGAUAUGGCGGAUAUGGAUGAGACAUUGGAGGAUAUAUUAAAUCUUGGGGAUUUGUGAUGGGGGUUAUCUUUUUGAAGAUGAGAAGAUGGGAAGAUUAUGGGUUGCGUUGCAAGAUGAUGGAUUUUUUCUUUUCAACACAAGUGCAUGAUGCAUGGUAUAUGGCGUUUGCUUUGGUCUUUUUUUUGGUAAAAGACGGUAAGUUGCAUUUUGGUGUUUGAGGCGGUGUUUUGUGUACAUGGGAUUAUGAUACCCUAUCUCUUUUUCUUUUCUUUUUCUGAAUGUUACACAUUAUUUUGAGGGCAUUUGUUGGUGGAAGUGAAUGUUGUGUAGUUGCAUAUAUUCUUCUAGUACCAAUUUUUGAUUUCAUCCGUAUUUCAUUUUUUUUUUACAUCGAAUGUUGUCUGUUGCUGUUUAAACAUGGGGGGGGGGAUUGGUUAGUUAGACACUUGUCACAUAAAUGAGAAGACUGCAUUGC